ACAAAUGCAUCCAAAAGACUGUUGACAUCUUGCUGUAGGCUAUUGUCUCAUGUGAUAUUAAUUUGGAUGGACACAGAACACAUCCUGAUUAGGAUCUAAUCUAAUAGUGACGCAGGUGUCGUCUACACCCCUCCUACACCUCUUCCAGACCUGAUAUAUGGUGUGCCUCCCCCUACUUCUCAGAUAAGAAGCAUACCGCAGAAGAACCCACACAACCGUUCCAAUACGCACAGAGGGAGAACGGGAGCUGGGGGAGCUGGCUUGGCAGUGCUGUCUUUAGAGUUUUUGCUUCAAGUUAUCAGCUCUUUUUUUAUGUUAUUUAUACGGGGAGAUAAUCUAAUUCUUCCAUGAUGAAACUUGUGCUUGUUUUUGCUUUGGUUGCGUCUUUCUUCGCAGAACAUCUAUUACUUCCCGUUGGAAAAGAACGACAGAGAGAAGAUGUGGUAACACGGUGCUUGGUUGAGGUCCUGUCCAAGGCACUGACCAAACCUGACUCUCACCCUCUGGAUCAGGAAUGCAAAGAUAUUCUCAAAGCAGGUGCACAACAUGCUGCUCUUCUGGAGAAGAAAAGCGAUGAGGAGGUGCUGACCCAUAAAGAGGAGGUCAAAGGUCAUGAACCUGAGCCUGAGGUUCCAGGGGCUGACGUGAAGGACAUCGAGGCUCGCCUGAAAUCUGUGGAGGAGAAGAGAGAGACACCGGAGGACGAAGAGCGCAGCCAGGAGUCAUGGGACCUCAACGAUGAGAAGGAGAAGAGGAUUUGGAAACCAACGCACAGGUAUCAUCAUAAAGAGGUGUCUGAGGAAAAGAGAGAAGAGCCAGACGAAGAACGUAGUCAGGAAUCCUGGAGCCUGGGUAAUGAGAAGGAGAAGAGAUAUAGGCCUACCUAUCGGUACACCCCGAAGACACACCACAAACGAGACGAAGACGGUUUAGAGGAGGAGAGAGAAGAGCCAGAAGAGGAACGCAGCCAAGAGUCCUGGAGCCUGGGCGAAGAGAAGGAGAAGAGAUAUAGGCCUACCUAUCGGUACACCCCAAAGAAAUUACGGAAACGAGAUGACAAAAGUGAAAAGUGCAGUCAGGAGUCCUGGAAUCUGAAUGAUGAGAAGGAAAAGAGAGAGGAGGAAGAGGAAAGAGAGAAAAGAAUUUGGAAACCGACACACAGAUAUCACCACAAGAAACACCACAAACGAGGUGCUGACUCAUCAGAGGAGGAAUCAGAAGAAAGGAGAUCAGAUGAGUCAGAAGAAGAGGAGGAUAGAGAGAAGAGAAUCUGGAGACCAACAAACAGGUACCGCCACAAGAAGCAUCACCAACGCAGUGGGGAUUCCUCAGAGGAGGAAGAACAGGAACGAAGGAGUGAUUCUGACGAACAGGAGGAGAAGAGGCACGGAGAUUCCGAGGAGGAGAGAGAGAGGCAAGAGAGUCUGAUGUACCUGGCGGAGAAGAGGAGUGAGGAGGAGAGUCGUCUCCUGGGGGAGGGGGAGAUAUAUGAGAAACGUUCUCCCUGGGCGUACAGAGGAUACUACCACCCCGCCUGGUGGAAGAGAAGCAUAGAGCCACUCACACCAACACAUAAGAUGGAGGAACUGGCAAAGCUGCUGAAGAGGCACCAACUGGCCAGCCAAUCAGAGCCAGCGGAGGAGAGGAAGAAGAGCAUACCUCUAACCCCAGAGGAGGAGAAGGAGCUGCAAAACCUAGCAGCUAUGGACACGGAGCUACAGAAAAUUGCUGAGAAGAUGCAUGAAAACAGGAGCAAAUAGAUAGUGGACAGGCCGACAGGGAUGCUAAACUACUAGCUCAGUGUGAUAACCUUGUAUAAGAAAAUACUAAAGAGACGAAGAGGUGGGAGAACAAAAAAAAAAAAAUUGAGACUUGCCACAAAUUCUGCUGUGAUAACAUCAACAUAAAUAAAGGUUAAAUAAAAAAAAAUCUGGUACAAAAGUUAUCAAAAGAAUCAGCAUGGAGACCGUUGAGUUUCUAUUAGAUAAUAUCAAAGCUAAAACAGAUGCUUUGCUUAUUUGUCAUAGAUUUCUAUAUAUAUAUUUAAAGUAUGCAUUGCCGUUUUCUUCUAACUUUUGAAUGGUUGUUUGUUUCUUCAGUCUGCAUUUAAUAAAAUUAAUAUCCCGGGACCAAA